UAUUAUUUGAGGGCUUAACCCUAGAGCCGCCUGAAGUAGAGUGGAGAAACAGAGUUGAUCGGAAAAGAUGCUUCGGAUCCUGCUUAACAAGCGAGCAAAUGAGAGUGGUGGAGUUGUUAAGGGGUUGCCUCCUGAAACUGUCAGAGUUGCUUGUCCUGAUCAUCUUGUUUUAGCUGAUCUUCCUGUAGCCAAGAGCCUUGGUUCAGUGAAUCCUGCAUCUCUGGUCAAAACUGUUGGCCGGAGGUCCCUGCGCCAGCCUGGUAAACGAGUACAUAUGUGUAUCCGCUGUGACUUUCCCAUCGCUGUUUAUGGACGUCUGAGCCCGUGCGAACAUAUCUUCUGUCUAGAUUGUGCCAGGAGCGACUCUCUCUGCUACCUCUGUGAUGAACGCAUUCAGAAGAUUCAGACAAUUAAAAUGCUGGAAGGGGUCUACGUCUGCGCAGCUCCGCAUUGUCUCAAGUCCUUUCUGAAGAAGACUGAAUUUGAAUCUCAUAUUCAUGAGGUUCACAGUGAUCUCCUCCGUGCAGAAAAAGAUGGAAACGUUUCAGAAUCUGCUAAUGCUAGAAAACCUGCAGCAUCUGAAUCUACAGUGCAAGCAUCACCUAGGCCCAUAUUUUCUCCUAGUUCAGGUUCCCAGGUACAUGAUCGUGAAGACAAAGCUCUUCAUUCUCAAACUAGAGACCAACAGCCUCCUAGGCCUUUUAUGCAACAAAAGCCACCUUUCACUGGUUCAAUCCAAAAUCAUCCACUAGAGCAAGAGUCUGAUAGUAAUCCUCCUCCAGGCUUUGAAAGGCCUGGCGUGCAGAGCCGGUUACCUCAGCAAGGCUUUGGUGCACAGGUUUCAUUGCGGCCAGACCCAGGACACUUUCUGGACAAGCAGCAAGGGAUUAUGGUGAGCUCCUCUAAUCGUGAAUAUCCAAUGCACAUGCCCCAACCUCAUGGCUUUGCUGUUCCUAUGAGUUCAAAUCCAGGUUUGGCUCCUCAAUUUGGUUAUCCUCAGUUUGCACCUGAUGGAGCCCAACCAUUUUAUGGUGCUACUUCAUUUGAGAUGUCUAGGCCAGACUCAACUCCUGAAAGGGGAUCAGAACAAGGGUCUUUGUUAGGUUUUCGACCUGGUGCUGCAGGAAAUAUGAAUUUUCCAGAAAAUUACCCUCGGCCAUGGAAUAUGGGGCAGCCGGCUGGGCCAUUUGAGCCCACUGCAGUUCAACCUCCUCGAGAUGGUAUUGUUAAUGCUGCUGAUCCUCAAGGAAGAGCAGUAUUUUUCCAAGGAGAUUAUGGAAGGAAUGCCAGUGUAGUGCCCUCAAACCUGCAACCUCCGCCUUCAACCAACAGAGGAUUGGAAGGUGGACAGAGUAGUAAUUCCAUGGAUACUGGAGAUAGCAAGGGUAUACUGAUGCCACAACCUAUGUCCCUCCCACCACCCCCACCUUUACCUCAUCACAUGUCACAACUCCAGAUAGGGGGUAGACACUAUUCUGGUGAUACAAGUCAUGAUGGACAGGGCUAUGGUUGGCAACAUGAGAAGCGUGAUAAUUUCAGAAGCAGCCAAGACUAGUUAUGUUCUGGUUAUUCCUCCACCGUUUUUUUUGUAAGAACAGUGUCCAUUUUGUGUUACCUGCAGUGUAUUUUACUUUCUAAACUACCAACUUUGUUUUGUUGUUUGUUAAAGCUGAAAUGCUGGUUUCUCUGAUAA